GUUGAUUUGUUUUCACACAGACUGAGUGAUUCAACUCGUCAUUGAAUAUGACAAAAAACGACAGCAGUGUGUCCUCGUCUUACCUCGCCUUCAAGCAUGGCGGGAUGCAGAUCAUUGCCGGAGGAUCAGCAGGAUGCGCAGAAGUGUGCUGCAUGCAUCCCUUGGACGUGGUGAAAACCAGGUUCCAGCUCCAAACCGGGUCAUUCAAGGCCGGGCCAAAUGACCUCCACAACUAUUCCGGGGUCAUUGAUUGUUUUCGGAAAAUAUACCGAGCCGAGGGCUUUUUGUCUUACUGGAAGGGCCUGUUGCCGCCGAUUAUUGUCGAGACGCCGAAAAGGGCCAUCAAAUUCCUGACGUUUGAGCAGUACAAGCGGUUUUUCCUUUUUGGGUCGCCAACACCGACUCCAGCG